AUGUCUGCGAUGCUUCGUGCCAACAAGUCUGGCGGCUCCGCCCGCAAGGUCCGCCAUGUUCGCUCUUACAGCCUGAGCGAUGGCUCUGCUUCUGGCGGUUCAUCCGACUCCGAAGAAGCUGGUGCCCGCCUCUCUGCUGCCAGUCUUGAUGAUUCCCCUCCUCGUGUUCGUUUCUCUUCCAUCACCGAGGAGUUCAGCCGCCUGAGUGUCGCCUCGAGCGUUGCAUCUAGCGGUUCCGAGUGUGGCAACAAUUCGUCUCCUUUCCAGCUCGGCAAUCAGCCCGACGGCGAUGUCUUUUCUGCUACCCCGGUCAAGAGCGCCCUCAAGCUCAAUAACCUCAGUGCUUCGGUCACGGAUCCCUUCUUGGAGACCAUUGCCAGAAACCCCGGCAGCGCCACUGAGGAGCGCCGCCUGACGCGUUCUGCCACGACCCCGAGCGCCAUGUCACUGGCUUCCCCUAUCGAGCGCGGCCUCCGCACUCCCUCCGCUCGCCAUGAGAUCGGUGGCAUCGACGCCCAAGGCAUCUACCCGCCCAGCGCGUGCGUCUUCAUUGCCAAUCUCCCGGAGUCCAAGGACGAUCGGGCUCUCGAGGCGGCCGUAACGCGCGAGUUCAGCCGGUACGGUACGGUUUUCGUCAAGAUUCGCCGUGAGGCCAAGGGCAACAUGACUGGCAUGCCGUAUGCUUUUGCCCAGUACACCAAUGACGAGGAUGCCAAGGUGGCCAUGGAAGAGGGUAGAGGCGCCGUGAUUCUCGGUCGCCCUUGCCGGACCGAGAUGGUCAAGGCCAACCGCACCUUUGUGAUUUACAGCCGCCGCGGCGAAGAUAUCACUACCGCCAUCGCCAGGGAGAUCCUGGAGCCAUACGGAGAGCUCAGCAAGUGCGAGAUGCUGAGCGCACAGAUGCAGGAGGCCAUGGAUUUGCCGCCUGCCGUCUUGGUGGAGUUCGCCAAGUUUGAUCCUAAGCGCGAUCUCAACUCGGCUGUCCGCCAACACGACGGCUACCGCAUCGACGCCUUCGAUGUGAAGAAGCGGAGUCCCAUUUCGAAGACCGAUGCUGACGAGGAUUUCCUUCGUCGCUACGACAUGGACCGCCGCUCCGUCUAUGUCGGUGGCCUGCCCGUCGAGACCACGCGUCAAGAGGUCCUUGAGCUUUUCUCUGCUGUCGGCGAAGUCAUCAGCUGCAACGUCCUGGCAAAAGCCAACUUCCACGGCCAUGUCACUCGCGUCUUCGCCUUUGUCGAGUUCGCCCGGGCUGACGCCCCAGACGAGGCAGUUAGGGAGUUUAACAACGCCUUCUUCCGCGGAGGCAUCCUGAAGGUCGAGCGGAAGGUCUUCAGGCACGUCGGCACGCCUCGGCGUGUCAAGUCCCAGGCAUUCUCGGUCAAGUCCUCGACCACCCCCAAGACGCCGAGGACUGCCGCCGCCACCAGGUCGCCCAUGGCUUCAGGUGGUCCCUCGGGCAGGCGCCAGGAGAUGCCCGGCCCCAGUCCCGGGCCCCAGCACGGCUACAAUUUCGCCAGUGUUGGACAGCCCUUCGCUCCCGCCGGCUACCCGGCGCCGAGCCCCGCCGCCGCUGCCCCAGCCAAUGGGCAACCCCUGCUCGGUGCCAGUGGCCUCCCGGUCACUCCGUCGUCUGCGUUCGGCCCGAACGCGUUCUCGUAUGCGGGCGGCUUUUGGCCUGGCAUGUCUUUCACCCAGGACCCCGUCACCGGCCACACCUUCUGGGCUUACACUCCCGUCGGCGGCGCCAACGCGCCCGCCACCCCGACUCGCGGCGCCGGCCGUGAGCAGCAGCACUUCUUCCAUGGUGCUUAA